CUCCAUUAUCGCUUCCAAUUCCUCUUCCACUUCUCUCUGUUCUCCUCCGCUUCGAUCUCUUGUUGGAGCUGAGAUUCAUGGGCUCUGGAAGCAGCCGUUCCCGCCCUCGAGAUGAUGGUGGGACGAGGCGAGGUCUUGCCGCCUUCCUUUGUGGUGCCGGCGCCGGUUCCGCCGCUUCUUCCUCAUCCGCCGCCGCGGCGUCUGUUCCUUCUCAGGUCUCAGGAAAGGAACCUUCUGCAGUUUUUUCUCAGAACAACCUUUCUGUUCCGAUGAAUGAAGAUUCAAGACCAUGUGAGAGCAGCAACUGUCGUCUAAAAAAUGGCUUGAUAAAACCAAUAAAUGCUGAAAGUAGCAACUCUGGGAACUCUGGGAAAUGCUUAUCUGAGAGCAAGGAACUUGUCCCAUUGCCAACAAAUCCUAGUUCUGGGCGAGAUGUGACUUAUGUAGAAAGGAACUGUAAUCAGGCUAGCACUUAUGCAAAAUCAGAUGCUGCGGAACUUCCAUCAACAAGUGGAAAUGGGAAUGGCAUGUUAGGCGCCAUUAUGGAGCCUGAAUCUCCCAACAACUAUUGCUCUCAGACUUAUCCUUUGGGAUAUCCUAGUAGCAUUGUGCAAGAAUCUAUAGACUUGACUACAAGUGCUGCUUCAUCUACUGUUGACGCCACAACUGAAGUUCUGGUUAUACACAGUUCUGAUUCAAAUCCCAUUUCUGCUAUUUCUGAUUCUUCUCCUACUCCUCACUUGGUGAGAGAACCUACUAUGGAGUCUGGCUCUUCAGAUGGUGCAAGCUUCACAUCAACUGGACCUGGAAAUGAGAGAGAUGAGAAUGUAAUUCAUGUUGAUGUAGUUAGCAUCUCUUCGAAUAUUGUGACCAGUAGCACAGCAGAAGCAAGUGACAAUGAGGCAAGAAGGAAUAGCAGGAGACUUUUCUGGGAUGCGUUUUCAAGGCGCAGUUCUAGAAGGAACAAUGAUUCUUUGAUGAUAUUUUCAUCUGCUGAUGACACUGAUGACCUGGAAUCUCAUAGCAGAUGGUUACUUGAUAUCAGUGAUGAUAUUUUUGAAAAUGGAACUGAAGAUGAGUUUUCUUACUUGCGCCGUAGACGUCUUGGAGCAAGUGGCCGAAGAUGGCAUUCAAGAUCUGAGAUAAGAGAACGAAUCCGUGGUAACAUCGAUGAUAGUAAUCGCCAAUCGGCUUUCUGCUCAUCAGGGCUCCAUCCAUAUGGGACAUGCUCUUGCUAUUCAUACAUAACAAGCGAAGAGUCAAGUGCGCGGGCAAGUAUUUCGAGGAUUGUCAUGUUAGCUGAAGCUCUAUUUGAGGUCUUGGAUGAAAUCCAUCGCCAGCCUGUAUCACUUUCACUUUCAAUGGUGUCACUUCCAGCACCAGAAUCUGUUGUUAAUUCCUUGCCUACAAAGAUCCACAAAAAACCGAUGAUGGAUGUUGGCAGUGACGAUGUUGAACAGUGUUACAUUUGUCUUGCCGAUUAUGAGGAUGGUGAUAAAAUACGGCUCCUUCCGUGCCACCAUGAAUAUCACAUGGCCUGUGUUGAUAAAUGGCUUAAAGAGAUUCAUGGUGUAUGCCCCCUGUGUCGAGGCGAUGUCUGUGAGAGUGCUGUGGAUGGUUCAACCUCAUAGCUCUAACUAUUGUACAUUUAAACAGGCCAUUGUAUAUAUUGUUGUAUAAUACUAUUAUCAAGUCCUAGAAGUGGGAAAACAUUGUCUAUAAACCAACUCUGUUAAGUAAUUAUAUUUUGUACUCCAUUCUGCUCUUUUGCAGUUGGAGAAAUCAAAGUUUGUUCAUCAAAAGGCUAUGAAAUUGAUGAUAAAUUAUCUUCAAAA